AUGUACCUCUACAGUACAACGUCUGGCUUUACAGAAACCUCUACAGUCUACAACCGUCUGGCUCUAACAAUACCUUUACAGUCUACGGUCGUCUGGCUCUUACAGAACUCUACAGUCUACGGUCGUUCGGCUCUAACAAAUACCUGUACAGUCUACAACCGUCUGGCUCUUACAGAUACCUCUACAGUCUACAACCGUCUGGCUCUAACAAAUAACUUUACAGUCUACGGUCGUCUGGGUCUUACAGAUACCUCUACAGUCUACGGUCGUCUGGCUCUUACAGAUACCUCUACAGUCUACAACCGUCUGGCUUUUACAGAUACCUCUACAGUCUACGGUCGUCUGGCUCUUACAGAUACCUCUACAGUCUACAACCGUCUGGCUUUUACAGAUACCUCUACAGUCUACGGUCGUCUGGCUCUUACAUAUACCUCUACAGUCUACGGUCGUCUGGCUCUUACAUAUACCUCUUCAGUCUACAAUCGUCUGGCUGUAACAAAUACCUUUAGAGUCUAUGGUCGUCUGGCUCUUACAGAUACCUCUACAGUCUACGGUCGUCUGGCUCUCACAGAUACCUCUACAGUCUACAACCGUCUGGCUUUUACAGAUACCUCUACAGUCUACGGUCGUCUGGCUCUUACAGAUACCUCUACAGUCUACAACCGUCUGGCUUUUACAGAUACCUCUGCAGUCUACGGUCGUCUGGCUCUUACAUAUACCUCUACAGUAUACGGUCGUCUGGCCCUUACAGAUACCUCUACAGUCUACAACCGUCCGGCUUUUACAGAUACCUCUACAGUCUACGGUCGUCUGGCUCUUACAGAUACCUCUACAGUCUACGGUCGUCUGGCUCUUACAGAUACCUCUACAGUCUACGGUCUUCCGGCUCUAACAUACACCUGUACAGUCUACAACCGUCUGGCUCUAACAAAUACCUGUACAGUCUACAACCGUCUGGCUUUUACAGAUACCUCUACAGUCUACAACCGUCUGGCUCUUACAGAUACCUUUACAGUCUACGGUCGUCUGGCUCUUACAUAUACCUCUACAGUCUACAACCGUCUGGCUUUUACAGAUACCUCUACAGUCUACAACCGUCUGGCUCUAACAAAUACCUUUACAGUCUACGGUCGUCUGGCCCUUACAGAUACCUCUACAGUCUACGGUCGUCUGGCUCUUACAUAUACCUCUACAGUCUACAACCGUCUGGCUCAAACAAAUACCUUUACAGUCUACGGUCGUCUGGCUCUAACAGAUAGCUCUACAGUCUACGGUCGUCUACCUGUAACAGAUAUCUCUACAGUCUACAACUGUCUGGCUUUUACAGAUACCUCUACAGUCUACAACCGUCUGGCUCUAACAAAUACCUUUACAGUCUACGGUCGUCUGGCUCUUACAGAUACCUCUACAGUCUACGGUCGUCUGGCUCAUACAUAUACCUCUACAGUCUACAACCGUCUGGCUCUUACAGAUACUUCUACAGUCUACGAUCGUCUGGCUCUUACAGAUACCUCUACAGUCUACGGUCGUCUGGCUCUUACAAAUACCUUUACAGUCUACGGUCGUCUGGCUCUUACGAUACCUUUACAGUCUACGGUCUUCUGGCUCUAA